AUGGUUGUUCAAGUAUCUGACUGUGGUUUACAUCUUCAAAAAGGCAUUGUUUCAAUCUUAAAUUUUUUUCCAACAAUAUCAAAAGAAAAUAAACCUAUUAUAAAACGGUUUCCUUGCAAUAGAUUAGAUAAUGCUAUUCAUAAAGCUUAUAUUAGUCGUGUAUUUACACAUACUACUCAUGGUGGAGCUCCAAGAAGAGAUAUUGUUGCUAGAGAUCUUUUUCCAACAAAAUUUUCUUCUGAUAAACCUGUAAAAUACAAAAAACUUUCUGAAAAAGAGUUACAAUUAUUAGACAAAAAAUUAAUUCGGCAAUCAAAAUAG